AUUGGCAAUGAUCUUAUUAAUUUUUCCGCAGGACCCUAGCAGACAAGCUAGUGCGGAGAUAGUAGAGCUUUUCCACGUUGGAGAUGGACGAAUUGCCCCCGAUGAUGGACAAGAAGAUAUCGCGAAACGCGGGCCAAUCUCCGUAUGCGCCAGAGAAUGGCUGAAGCUUGAUCCGCGGCAGCGAGGUUUUGAGCGUCUGUUCUUGCGUUGUCCUUAUGAGAUCGUGAUGAGCCUCAAACUUGGUCCACAGAGUGUCGAGGAUGCGAAGGCGAGCUUGGACUGCUUCAGCUGUGAUGCUGGAGAUGCCCAUCUUACGUAG